GGAGCCGGAGCCGGAGCCGGAGCCGGAGCCGCAGCCGGAGGGGGGCGGCAGGACCCCGGGGUGCCGCACCGGGGGGCUCUGCGCGGCCCGCAUCAUCAUGACAACAGAGAAGAGCCCAGCGGCGGAGGCUGACAACUCGGAGCAGCAGCAAGGCAAGGAGGAGGAAGGAGCUGCUGAACCACAGAAGCAAGAGGCUGCCCUAGAGGAAGGGGCUCGGCAGACGGCAGGGGGACAGCCUGCGGUGGGGCUGAAGCAGAAGGCCUCCAACGGUGACACUCCUGCACCCGAGGAGCAGAGCAAGAAGGAGCGCCGCACCUCCGAGGGCCGCGGCCUCUCCCGUCUCUUCUCAUCCUUUCUCAGGAGGCCCAAGUCUCAGGUGUCCGAAGAGGACAAGGACAGUGAUGCUCCUAAAGAGGCAGGAGGUGACCGGAAAGACCCAGCAUUAGGAGCCAGCCCUGAUGAAGACAUCCUGGUGAAAGCCCCAAUUGCAGCUCCUGAGCCUGAGCUCAAAACCGAUCCAUCACUAGACCUCCAUUCCUUAAGCAGUGCAGAAACACAGCCUGCACAGGAGGAGAGGAGGGACGACCAGGACCUGGACCCCAGAGACCUCGGGGGCAAGGAAGGAGGGGAAGGGAAGGAAGAGAGCACCAAGCCAGAGCCCAAGCAAGAGACUCCGAAUCCCAAAGCAGACAAGGAUUUGAAAGCUGCCCAGAAAGCAGUAAAAAGACACAGAAACAUGUACUGCAAAGUCGUCUUGCUGGAUGAGACCCUUUUUGAGUGUGCUGUGGAUAAACACGCCAAGGGGCAGGAUCUCCUUAAGAAAGUCUGUGACCACCUCAAUCUCCUGGAAGAAGACUACUUUGCUUUGGCCAUAUGGGACACACCAACCUCCAGGACAUGGCUGGAUCCUGCCAAAGAAAUAAAGAAACAGGUUCAUGGAGGCCCCUGGGAUUUUACCUUCAAUGUAAAGUUCUAUCCCCCGGACCCUGCGCAGCUGACAGAGGACAUAACCAGGUAUUACUUGUGUCUUCAGCUCAGACAAGACAUCCUCACGGGGCGGCUGCCCUGUUCCUUUGCCACUCUGGCUCUGCUGGGUUCCUACACGGUCCAGUCUGAGCUGGGAGACUACGAUCCUGACCUGCACGGCCCAGAUUACAUCACUGAAUUCAAACUGGCCCCAAACCAGACAAAAGAGCUCGAGGAGAAGGUUGUGGAGCUUCACAAAACAUACAGAUCUAUGACUCCAGCCCAAGCAGACCUGGAGUUCCUGGAGAAUGCAAAAAAGCUGUCUAUGUAUGGAGUCGACCUUCACCAAGCCAAGGAUUUGGAAGGAGUGGACAUCACUCUGGGAGUCUGUUCCAGUGGCCUUCUGGUUUACAAGGACAAACUGAGAAUCAACCGCUUCCCGUGGCCCAAAGUCCUGAAGAUUUCCUACAAGCGCAGCAGCUUCUUCAUCAAGAUUCGCCCAGGGGAGCAAGAACAGUAUGAAAGCACAAUUGGGUUCAAGCUCCCAAGUUACCGGGCAGCAAAGAAGCUGUGGAAAGUCUGUGUUGAACAUCACACGUUUUUCAGGCUGACUUCCACCGAGGCCAUCCCGAAGAGCAGGUUCCUGGCGCUGGGCUCCAAGUUCCGCUACAGUGGGCGGACGCAGGCACAGACAAGGCAGGCGAGUGCCCUCAUUGACCGCCCUGCUCCUCAGUUCGAGCGCACGGCAAGUAAGCGAGCAUCCAGGAGCCUGGAUGGAGCUAAACGUGCGACUCAGAAAGCUGAGUUCAGUGCCAUAGAGGAAGAGAAGCAGGAGGAGGUGGUGGUGGUUGAGGUUCCUGAACCAAAACCCGUGGAUCAGAUCCGAGAGAAGCCAGCCAAAUACGCACUUGAAACUUUCCAAAUGAAGCCCAUUGCAGAGGAGGAGGAGAAGGAGGACAAGGUAGUGGUGGUUAAGGUUCCUGUGUCCGAGCCAAAGUCACCAGAGCCAUUGCAGACGUGGUCAGCAGCAGCUGUGAUAACCCCUGAGAGGAGUCCCCGUCCCACCUCUGCCCCGGCCAUUGCUCAGACCCACGCUGCAGAGCCAGUCCCAGCAAAGCCUGACGUGAAGGACGUGGCUGCUGCCUAUAAAGUAGAGAAAGAAGCAGCAAAACCUGAUGUGAGACGUGAAGAAAUCCCAGCAGAGAAAGCCAAGCCAGAGCCAGCUGAUGCAUCAAAGGUGAGGAAAGCACACACUGAGGUCCCAGCACCCACCACGAAUGGUGCCCAGCCCCAGCAGCCUGCAGAGAAAGAGGAAGAGCUGAUAAGGAUGAGGAAGAAGAGAUCAAAGAGGCUAGAUGGUGAAAACAUUUAUAUCAGGCAUAGCAAUUUAAUGUUGGAGGAUCUAGAUAAGACCCAGGAAGAAAUCAAGAAGCAUCACGCCAACAUCAGUGAGCUGAAGAAGAACUUCAUGGAGUCCGUCCCGGAGCCUCGGCCGAGUGAAUGGGACAAACGUUUGUCCACUCACUCCCCAUUCCGAACCCUCAACGUCAACGGGCAGAUUCCUACGGGAGCGGAUGGAACAAUGAGUGACUUUGUCUCCAGAGAGGAUGUGGCUGCAGUGCCAGAGAGGAGCAGUAUUAACACUGGCGUGGCAUGGGAGGGCUCAAAGCGGUCGGUAGCUUGUAGUGAGACCCCGGUGCCACCUGCCUCCGAGCCUUCUCCCAGCCAGGACUUUGGUGCUUCCUCCCUAAGCAGCGAGGAGGAGCAGGAGGAGGAGGUGGCUUCCAGCCUCCCCGCGAGCGAGGAGGACCUGAGAUGUGCAAAGGGGCUUUGUGCGGAUGUGGAGAAGGACUCGGAGCUCUCAGAGCUGGAGCCCCCCACCAGCCCUGCACCUCCCCAGCAGCCCUGGGCAGGAGAGGAGGAGGUAGCAGAGGAAGGUGAAGACAGAUUUGCCUUUAGAGAGCUAAAUGGCGAGUGUCACGACUCGGAUGCUAAUACCGGGCUGCCCGCAGUCAUUCGCUGCUUCCAGCCACCGCUAGUGAAGACACAGACUGUCACCAUCUCCGACGUGUCCAGUGCUGUCAAAAGCGAAAUUCCCACAAAAGAAGUCCCCAUUGUCCACACGGAGACCAAGACCAUCACCUACGAAGCUGCACAGACAGAUGGUGGCAAUGGAGAUUUAGACCCUGGCAUCCUGCUGACUGCUCAGACCAUCACUUCGGAGACCACCAGCAGCACCACCACCACCCAGAUCACAAAGACUGUGAAAGGUGGCAUUUCGGAGACGCGGAUUGAAAAGAGGAUUGUCAUCACAGGAGAUGCAGAUGUAGACCACGACCAGGUCCUAGCACAGGCCAUCAAAGCAGCAAAGGAGCAGCACCCGGACAUGUCAGUGACCAAAGUGGUUGUGCACCAGGAGACGGAGAUUGCAGAGGAGUAGCAAGGCUGUGAAGUGUUCCUGCCAGACCCAGCACCAAGAAAUAGAAACCCAGCAAAACUACCAAGAACCUACCUGGAGCACAAAGACCUCGGAUUUCCAAGACUUGACACUCAGAGACAUUCAUAUCAUUUAAUAGGAGUUGCGCUUUGACAUUUUACUUGGGAUUUUCCAGCCUCCACUGGAUCCCUUUGGAUAUAGGGUUUGGGGUUUUUUAUAUAUAUAUAUAGUGACAAAAGUAUAUUGCCAUAUUUCUAACUGGACUGAAUCUUUUUUACAGGUUUUCAGUUUUGCAUUCCCUCUCACGUAGAGCCUCUUCCAAUACCAACCCACACACAGCUCGCAGGGCUCAAAGGGUCUCUGGUUUAAGUCCUAGUCCCUCCACCUUGUCAGGGAUAAAGGAGAUAAGCCACAUCCAUGCGUAUUCCCAGUGCGGGAUCCAUAGACGCCUUCAUAAAGCCAUGGCUCUUCCUGCUGGGAGAGUCAGUUGAAGAGAAGUCAGACUUUUGUGCAGCGUUUCUGAUUGCCUCUUGAUUUAUUCUUUCUCUUUCUUAGCUCGAGGGAGGUUGAGACUCCACAGCCACAUGCAGAGGAGAGGUUGGGUUAGGGUUUCAGGCCCCCAAUGUGUGAACACAGUAGGGUUUUGUGGUCUAGCCCAUGCCCACAUCUCCAUAGUUGACUAGAUUUUAAGGACUACUGGAAGUUGCUUCGAGUAUCUUAUACUGUGAAUUUUAGAGCUUUAAGAGGACUGUGAUAGCAUCUCGCCAUCCUCCCGUGUGUCUCUGCCGAGUGCUACCCACCUGUUUGUGUUUUCUAGAUGCCAUUCAAUUAAAAAGCCCUUUAGAAGUGUGUGUUUAAGGUGUUUGGGCUCGGGAUGCUAGUAAGGUAGGCUUAGGCAGCAUUCACAGCAACUGGGGUUUUCAGUGUCAUAGUUUUUCACUUGUUUGUGUUCAGGAGUUUUAACUUAGGGGGGUAUUUUGUAAGUCAUGGGGUGAGUUUUUGCCUCCCCUCACAGUGCUGUUUAAAGCUAAACAAGUUACCCACAUACCAGGGCAUGUAUCCUACUAUCAUUUCAUUUUAAAACCCUGUAGACAAUCCUUCUUAGGGCUGCAAGCUGUAUUUGGAGAGGCUGAACAAGAAAUCUGAAGAGGUUAUCAGGUAUUUGCUGGUCAUGAUAGAGCCAAACCAAGUGCUUCCUCCUCCUCUUCCACGCUGGCUUAAGGGUCUGUACUUCAUAUGGCUUCGUGACCACCUUGCUGGAAUGAUGUACCAGGGUUGGUAUCAGCUUUAGGCUGAGCUUAAAGACCGCUGGGGCAUGGCCAUGACCAGAAAACAUCAUUUUGGGGGGGCUGGAUGCAUUUACCUCCAUAGCACUGGGGACUGAGCUCCUGCUGCUGCUUCCUGAGCUUUGUUUGAAUCAUGCCCUGGUUUCUCCUUCCAGCUUUUAAACUUAAAUAAACCCAGGCUUUGUAAAGAGUCUCCCAGACACUUGUGAGCACUUGAGUACACUUUGAGGUUGUGAUUUUAUAUGUAUAUAUAUCUCUCUAUCUGUCUCUAGUGUGGCACAUUGGUAGUUGAGGGCAUGGAGUGCUCUGCUGCUGCUCCUCAGGUGAGGAUGGGCAGAAGAUGGCAAUAAAGCAAGCUCUCUGCUGGUUUCAAUUCAGAUCAUGUGUUUCAGGAGCCACUGGCUUCAGCUCAGGCUGGGAUGACUUGGUGUUCAGCUGCGGAGAGCCUUCAACUGCCCUGGGCCUACUGUAGCCACUCAGGGUCAGGUGUAAUGGGAAGGAAGCUCUCAGUAUCCAUUGGAUGCUGCGCUGAAGAAGCUGGGAUCCAGGAUUUUGCUUCCUUUGAGCUUUGCUGGUGUGGGUCACCCUCAGCCUCCAUCAUUCCCAUGCUGGUCGCUGCUUCCUGGGGUGCUCUGGAUGCAUGGUUCCCUCCUGGGAUGCUCUGCCUUCCGCUGGGUACCAGCCAUCCUGCAAUGGGAUUGAGGGAAUCCUGGGCUCCUGUAGUGUAAGAGAUGAAGUCUUCCUAUCUAUGCCUGAACUGCCCUUUCCUUCCUUACUCUGCAGAUCCUUGAACAGGUCUGUGUCCCUGCUACCCCUUGGGUAACACUUGCCUUAAACCCCCAUCAUGCUGAGCAUCCCUCUGGGAACGUCCCUUUGCCACUCAGUCCUUUUCACCCUGCAGCAGCUCCCUGAGGAGUAAGCACACACUGAGGAGCCAAUAGGAUUUCUGGAGCAUUGCCAAAGCCAGUGGGAUAAAUCCCGUUUGUCCAUAGCACUUAAAGACAACAAGUUAGGGAAAGCUGGUGUGAGGCUGAAGCUUGUUCUGGGCUGUCCAGAGCACAGAACACUGAGCAGGGAUUUCUAGGGUGAGAAACCUGCUGGCACAGGAGAUGGCUCCUUCCCAACAGGAUUUGCUCACCGUGGCUUUGGACAUCCCUGGUUUAAGGACUCUCAGACUGGAAUAACUCCCUUCCAGGUGCCUGGCUCCAGGCUGUUCAUUCCCACACUUCCCCCUUCUCAGUUCUUGUUUCUCCUGGAGUACUUUAACCAAGUUCUUGCCUGCUCUGACCCCGAUGGGAUGUCCCUGCUGACCCACAGCCUCCUCCAUGCUGCACCCUGGGCAGGAGCAGCAGCAGCCCAGGAAGAAGAUAAAGGAGCAGAAGCAGCUUCUUCCAUCCUCUGGUGCUGCCCACACCUCUUCCACCUCCCGUGGGAUGGGCGAGUCCUUGGCUCCUGGCUUGCUCUGCCAUUUCUAGGGACAAACCAGCUAAGUAAGGUCUAUUUAUAUGACUGUUCCCAGCUCUUCCCACUCCACAAAUUCACCCAGAGACUGUCUUGAUUGUAUAAUACACAUUAUAUGGAAGCUAUUUAUAUAUGAAUGAAUGUUUUUAUAGAAAGGAAGGCAAGGAGCUCGUGUUCUCCCUCCUCCAUUAAACUGGAACGGCGGCUCUGCUUGCCAGAUAGCAAUCUCUGACCAGCACAGAUGUGUUAGCAAAGGCCUGACUGAUUCCUGCUUUCAAUAAACUGUGGUUUGCUGAUGUUCCUGAUUGCACCAUUCCCGUCGUGUCCCAGCAUCCUUGAAACUCGGGAAGAAACACAAGGAUUUAGUUGAGCAGAUGAAGGAGCUUUGUAACACUGAGGCAAUGGAGGUUGUCUAGGCUAGCUGUUUACACUUCUUUCUACCAUAGGAACUUUGCAAUGGGCAAACCUUUCUAGAUCCACUAGUGCUGGAGCUGUUCUUUUGGACUCCCAUAGGGAAUCAAAGGGACAGUUGCUGUAGCCUUUAGGGCCUCCCAGGUGUUCAGUAUUGCUUCUUGUACUGCGUUUUCCAAUAAACUCUCCAACAAAACCAG